GAAAUGUCAUUCAAGCGAAGUUGGAAUUCAGAAUUUCAGCAUUCACCAUACAAGGAAAUCUGUAUAUUUUGUAUUUCAAGGCCGUUGGUAAGCAAAGCGAAAGCCAGAGAAGCAACUGCAACCCGACCAUGACCUCCAGUCCAUGCAUAUUCUGCUUGGAUGAACAGCGAGCGCCACGUCGCAUCUCCUGUGGCCACUCCUUUUGCGCGGAGUGCUUCGAGCGAUAUCUCAAGCUGGGCCAGGACUCUCGAUGUCCGCUCUGCCGGCGUGACUUCCGAACGGACUUUCAGCCCUCUAUUCCACAUCCUCUUUAUGCCCUCUCUGCCGAGGCAGAUUCAGACUCGGGUGAACUGGGCCUGCAGACGGACACGCUAGUGCUGACUCUGUCGGAGCAGGAGUGCCGGUUCUUUGAGCAACUGUUUCGGGAGGUCAGACAGACAAAUAGCCACCGAACUGAAUUCUAGUCCGCCUUUCGUUUUAUUUGUUUGUAUAUUUAUUUGUGUUAAAUGUAUAUUUACUGUUAAUCCUUGUUAACUACUUUAUAAAAGUUCG